AUGCCGGUGGUGCGGCCUCACAAUGGACAUCCUAUGAGUGCCCCACCAAUGCCAAUGCCCCCUCCCCCAUCUCAGCCCCCCGUGCUCCUCCCAAGGACAGGUCCUCUCUGGAACCUUCACAAACCUGAUUUCUGGUCCUCCUCAACCAGCUCCCUGUCCCUGCUUCUGGGCACUCCUUCCUUCCUGAGCUCCCAGGAUUCCUCAAGGUCACUCUUGCUGCCUCCGCCUGGGCCCCGACGGAAGGUGAGGUCGGGGGCCGAGCCGGGGCGUGGCAGCCGGGGUGUGUGUCCGCCGGGCUUGGUGCCUCAGGUGGCCCGGCAGCACCGUCCCACCUCUGCCACCCUCCGAUGGGGCCGCUACCUGUGUGCCUGCCAAUCAUGCUGCUCCUGCUGCUGCCGUCGCUGCUGCUGCUGCUGGGACCUGCAGAGCUGCACAGACACACCCUCCAGGAUAUUACAUGUGUACCGGCGUGGGAUCCUGGAACUGGCAGGAACUGUGGGUUGUGUUGGUCCCCGAACCCCCAUCGCCUAUUUGAAAUAUGGUUGCUUUUGUAGCUUGGGAGGCCAUGGCCAGCCCCGCGAUGCCAUUGACUGGUGCUGCCAUCGCCACGACUGUUGUUACACUCGAGCUGAGGAGGCCGGCUGCAGCCCCAAGACAGAGCGCUACUCCUGGCAGUGCGUCAAUCAGAGCGUCCUGUGCGGUGAGUCCCCAGCACCACCAUGCCACACACCCCGAGUAUCCCCUGGGCAUCCUGGCAUAGCCAGAUGAUUUCUGUGCCCCUGUUGCAAUAACCAC